AGUUGGUUUGCCAACCACCAUAAAACGUCGAAGAAGAAGAAGAAAGAGCCUUGUAGUUAGUUACGUGCUCAUCAUCUCCGUUCGCGUUCUAUGAGACAAGCAGUGUAUCGCAUGUAAUUUGUAUCAAAAUUUGAUCUGGACAUUAAUCAGGUUUAUUUUGCAGUUAUUGAUCAUCUGCAGGCUACAGUGAAGUUUAGUAGUGAAAUGUCCAGCACAGCCAUGAAGAAGAAGGUUUUGUUGAUGGGUAAGAGCGGAUCAGGAAAGACUAGUAUGAGGUCCAUCAUCUUCGCCAAUUACAUCGCCAGAGACACUCGCCGCCUCGGUGCCACAAUUGAUGUUGAGCACUCUCAUGUGCGAUUCCUGGGCAAUCUCGUGCUGAAUCUGUGGGACUGUGGUGGUCAGGACACUUUCAUGGAAAACUACUUCACAAGUCAGAGAGACAACAUCUUCCGUAAUGUGGAGGUGUUGAUUUACGUGUUUGACGUGGAGAGUCGAGAGCUGGAGAAGGACAUGCAUUACUACCAGUCGUGUCUGGAAGCCAUCCUGCAGAACUCACCAGAUGCCAAAAUCUUCUGCCUGGUGCACAAGAUGGAUCUGGUACAGGAGGAUCAGAGAGACCUGAUAUUUAAAGAGCGUGAGGAGGAUUUGAAGAGAUUAUCUCGACCCCUGGCCUGCACCUGCUUCAGAACAUCUAUUUGGGAUGAAACGCUGUAUAAAGCCUGGUCCAGUAUCGUGUAUCAGCUCAUUCCUAACGUACAGCAGCUCGAGUGUAACCUGCGCAAUUUUGCUCAGAUUAUUGAGGCAGAUGAAGUCUUACUGUUUGAAAGAGCAACUUUCCUGGUGAUUUCCCAUUAUCAGUGUAAGGAGCAGCGAGACGCUCAUCGCUUUGAGAAGAUCAGUAACAUUAUUAAACAGUUCAAGCUCAGCUGCAGUAAAUUGGCCGCCUCAUUCCAGAGUAUGGAAGUACGGAACUCGAACUUUGCAGCCUUUAUCGACGUGUUCACGUCCAACACAUACGUCAUGGUUAUCAUGUCUGACCCGACUAUACCAUCUGCUGCCACCCUAAUCAACAUUCGGAAUGCCAGGAGACAUUUUGAGAAACUGGAGCGAGUAGACGGACCCAAACAUAGUCUGCACAUGCGCAUGCGCUAGACAUACAACACAUGCAGCAUGGAACGACGAUUAUAAGGGUUGCGAAUGAUCCCGAGGAAUUCCUCCAGAUUUGCCGUCUUCACUGUGUGUUUUUACUGGAAGAUUCUGCAUCUGCUGUAAUAAGGGGUUUAACUUGUUUUGCUUUUUGCUUGCUGCUGUUGCAAUGGGGCAAUAGUGAAUAUUGAAAAACUCUGAUUUUGUUUUGUGUAUAAGAGUGUCCAUUUAAUUAUUGUCUCAUUGUUUAAGCAUUAUCUCAGUAUGUUAUCCUUUCUUUACAAAUGCUGAGAAGGUUGUUUUGAAAUAUGUUACUGUAAAAUUGGUUUGUUUGAAUUACCUGUGAUCUGCACAUCAAUUGUGAAUUAUACAUAUUCUGCCAAAAUAAAUGCAUGUUCUUCCGUAAUGUCUUGAUAUUUAACAAAACCAUAAUUAUUUUACCAGCAAAGAGUUGAAAUAAUAACAAAUGUGUCUCUUUCAUCAAAACUAUUAGUGGUUUCAUAGAUGGCCAUAUCUACUCAUAUUUUGGCAGCUUAAAUAUUUUAAUAUUUAAAAUCCAUUCAUCUGCAUACAGAACUUAAAUGUCUUCUGAAGCAAUAUGAUACAGUUGAAGUCAGAAUUUACAUACACUUAGGCUGAAGUAAUUAAAACUCAUUUUUAACCACUCCACAUAUUUUGUAUUAGCAAACUAGUUUUGGCAAGUCGUGUAGGACAUCUACUUUGUGCAUGAAACUAGUAAUUUUUCCAAGCAGUUGUUUACAUACAGAUUGUUGUUCACUUUUAAUUGACUAUAUCACAAUUCCAGUGGGUCAGAUGUUUACAUACACUAAGUUAACUGUGCCUUUAUGCAACUUGGAAAAGUCCAGAAAAUUAUGUCAAGCCUUUAGGCAAUUAGCAUCAUUUGGAGGUGUACCUGUGGAUGUAUUUUAAGGCCAACCUUCAAACUCGGUGCCUAUUUGCUUGACAUCAUGGGGGGAAUAAAAAUCAGCCAAGACCUCAGAAUAAAAUUGUGGACCUCCACAAGACUGGUUCAUUCUUGGGAGCAAUUUCCAAACACCUGAAUGUACCAUGUUCAUCUGUACAAACAAUAGUACAAGCAUGAACACCACGGACCACGCAGCCAACAUACCGCUCAGGAAGGAGACUCAUUCUGUCUCUGGUUUGGUGCGAAUAGUGCAAAUCAAUCCCAGAACAACAGCAAAUGACCUUGUGAAGAUGCUGGAGGAAACAAGACAUGUAUCUAUAUCCACAGUAAAACGAGUCCUAUAUAGACAUAACCUGAAAGGUUGCUCAGCAAGGACGAAGCCACUUUUCCAAAACCACAAUAAUAAAGCCAGACUACAGUUUGCAAGUGCACAUGGGGACAGAGAUCUUACUUUUUGGAGAGAUGUUCUCUGGUCUGAUGAAACAAAUAUUGAACUUUUUGGCCAUAAUGACCAUUGUAAUGUUGGGAUGAAAAAGUGUGAGGCUUGCAAGCUGAAGAAAACCAUCCCUACCAUGAAGCAUGGGGGUGGCAGCAUCAUGUUGUGGGGGUGCUUUGCUGCAGUAGGGACUUGUGCACUUCAUAAAAUAGGUCAUCAUGGGGUAGGAAAAUUAUGUGGAUAUGUUGAAGCAACAUCUUAAGACAUCAGCCAAGAACUUAAAGCUCGGUCUCAAAUGGGUCUUCCAAAUGAACAAUGACCCCAAGCAUACCUCCAAAGUUGUGGCAAAAUGGCUUAAAAACAACAAAGUCAAGGUAUUGGAGUGGCCAUCACAAAGCCCUGACCUCAAUUCGAUAGAACAAUUUUGGCAAAAUUGAAAAAGCUUGUGCAAGGAGACCUACAAACCUGACUCAGUUACACCUGUCUGGAGGAAUGGGCCAAAAUUCCAGCAACUUAAUUUUAGAAGCUUGUGGAAAGCUACCCAAAAUGUUUGAUCCAAUUUAAAGACAGUGCUACCAAAUUACAGUGUAUGUAAAACUUUUGACCCACUGGGAAUGUGAUGAAAGAAAUAAAAGCUGAAAUCACUUCAAUCGUCGAAUAAAAUCUUUUCAUUGAUUAUACUUGAUUAAUUUUUAUUUAACUUGAUAAUAUUCUACAGCUUUCAUGUGCAACAUCCAUUCAACAUAUAAAAUACAAACCUUCAUUCUCCAUUCAUCAUAUCCCUGUAAUUUAUUAUUUUUAGGGCUCAUAUUACAUUCAAUUCACACUUGUCCUCUUAUUUAUAGGACUCAUAUAACAUUCACUCUGUGAUCCUUUUAUUUUAAGGACUCAUCAUACAUUCCCAUCCCUCUACUGGGCUCAUAUUUGUACUCAGUCAUACACUUCCAUACACAGUCGCACUUCACACAUUUUCAAACACAGAAAUAAACACUUUCAAAGACACACAAACACAAGGAGCUCUCGAAAAAUGCAAUAAAAUUCUAAAACGCAACUAUUCUACCACCUCUCUUAGGUGACCUACCAAACAGACCUUCUCGCAGAUUCACUUCGUCGACACAAUGAAAAAGCAUAUUAGUAGGAUUUUUGCCUACUCAUCAGACCUCUACGAUUCACUUCCUCAACACAACAGAUUGAUAUCCGCAGGACUUUUACACAUACACUUUUCCUACUCUACACUCGCUUCACUGAUACACUUCCUCAAAACAGUGAAAAACAAUAUUCUACCUGGUCAAAACUCUGCGAUUCACUUCCUCAAAACAACAGAGCAUUUCCGGUGGGUUUUUGCCUAGGGCUUCCUUAAACUUUAUCUGCUUUCAUUUACUGCUAUUCAUCUAAGCCCUCUUAAAAGUAAAAAAAAAAAAAAAAAAAAAAAACAGAUCAUUGCAUGCAAUGGGCAAACUCUGGGAAGCAACAUAAACUAAUUAUAUAAGCAAAGAAUGCUUACCUUUUAGGUGGUCACCUGUUUUUUUGUGUUGCUCAUCCAGCUAGCUCGCUGUGGCCACUUUGCUCCUGUCCAAUCCCGCCAAUUUGUUGUGGCUUCUGCCACCUCUGUGAAAGAUCAUUCUCGAAGUCUUAGGGUUUUGCUGCCAGAAGAUGGCCUUUAUUAUCAGAGAUAAAAAAGCUGAGUUGCUCUGGAGACACAACUCCAGCAACUGGGUUCCUUCCCGCUUAUAUAUGAUGAAGGCAGGGCUAAUACAUUCCAAACAUGUCACAAUUAUCCAUCAUCCUAUUCUUUGACUCGUCUGUUUAUUUUGAGCAGUGAACUGGAGACACCUGUGGAAGAGCCUCACCAUAUAUUUUCUCAGCAGUUAUGAGCGCACAUAUGUGAGCACAUUCCAUUCCUGCACAGGCCCCUACACAGAUUCACACAUUAAGAUACAUGCUUUGACCAUCGUAAAUAAUUAUAGAAUAAAAUGGCUAUAUUUACAUUGAUUCAAUUUGAUUAAUUUAUACUUGAUUAAGAUAUUCUACAAUAUCUGCAUGAUUUUAUGAACUGUACUGCUGCUACAUGAUUGGCUAAUCAUAUAAUAACAUGGAUGAUUGUUGGUGCCAGACAGGCUGGUUUGAGUAUUUCUGUAACUGCUGAUCUCCUGGGACUUUCACGCACAACAGUCUCUAGAAUUUACUCAGAAUGGUGCCAAAAAGAAAAAAACAUCCAUUGACCAGGAAUCUCAGUGCUGUAAAUAGAAAAUAUAAGUGAUUUUGCCAAAGUCAUUUAUUACUUGGAUAACAACGUUUCAUGCUAUUUUUUGAAUUUCACAUUCCCCUUUCUGUGUAUCCAUUUUAUAUUUGUACUUUCAUAUUUAGGGGCCAAGCACUGAAAGUGUUGGUUAGCUUUCUUAUUACUAUUCCACCAAUGAAGUCUUUUGCAUCCCAUAGAACAGUUUGGAGGACAAUUGGUACACUGAUAAGAGAAGAGUCUGAACUUCUAUCAUAGCAAAUGUGGGGUCUAUCUCUAUCCCUCUUGUGCCACCAACAAUUUAAAAUUAAACUUAUGUUUGUAAUUUGGCUUAAAAUAAUGAGAUUCCUUGGGGCAUAUAGUCACAUGAUACUCAAUGGGUGUGUCUCAUCUUGCUCCCUAGCUCAACUGUAUGUUGUGAAGCAGUAAAUUGGGCUUUGGCAGGAGUGUUCAUCAGCUGAACACUGGGACACUUAUUCAUACACAAUUACCUGCAACAGGUCACACUUUUAAAUGCUUCUGGUAUUAAUCGACAACAUAGCUGUAUAAUAGACACUAUUAUGCAUUUUUGUAGUAGAUAUUAAAUCAUACAGCAUUGUUAUGAAAGAUAAAUGACAAAAUAAUUUAAAUUUUUUAUUUAUAACCUUUUCUAAAAACUAUAUUUCAAUUUUAAAUGAUUGUUUCCUUUUCAUUCAAAUUAUUGAUCAAAUAUAUUACAAACCACAUCUAAUUAUCUAUAAAGAGAAAAUAAGCAGUCUUUUAAUGCCUUGAGAAAUUGAAUAAUUUACUAAUCUAACAAUAAUUAGAACGAUUAUGCGACUAUUCAGGUGAUUAUUCCAAUGAUUAAACAUUAGCUCUUAACUGACUAUUCAGCACUUACCUUGACUUAAAAGCUUGUAAUAAACGUGCUUAUUAGUAGUAGUGACUGAAAGAGAGAGUGAGUGAGUGCGUGAGUGAGUGAAAGAUAUAGUGAGUGCGUGAGUGAGUGAAAUAUAUAGUGAGUGAAAGAUAGUGAGUGAAAGAUAUAGUGAGUGAUGAGUGAGUGAAAGAUGGUGAGUGGAAGAUAUAGUGAGUGAAAUAUAUAGUGAGUGAAAGAUAUAGUGAGAGAGUGAAAGAUAUAUUGAGUGAGUGAGUGGAGUGAAAGAUAUAUUGAGUGUGUGAGUGAGUGAGUGAAAGAUAUAGUGAGUGAAAGAGAGUGAGUGAUUGAUGAUAUUGAAAGUUAUAGUGAAUGCGUGAGUGAGUGAAAGAGAUAGUGAGUGCGUGAAAGAGAAAGUGACUGCGUGAAAGAUAUAGUGAGUGAAAGAUAUAGUGAGUCAGUGAGUGAGUGAGAGAUAUAGUGAGUGAUGAGUGAAAGAUAUAGUGAGAGUGAAAGAUAUAUUGAGUGCGUGAGUGGAGUGAAAGAUAUAUUGAGUGCAUGAGUGAGUGAAAGAUAUAGUGAGUGAAAGAUAUAGUGAGUGCGUGAGUGAAAGAGAUAGUGAGUGCGUGAGUGAGUGAAAGAGAUAGUGAUAGAGUGAGUGAGUGAAAGAUAUACUGAGUGAAUGAUA